UCUCCGCCCCUUUCUCUCAGUCUCCUCCUCUUCCGGCCUGAAGUCCCGCCUUUUCCCUAAUUCUCCUGGGAAGCGAGAUGGAAGUGAAAGACGGAAAUGCAGCCCUUCUGAGCAACUAUGAGGUCUACCAGCUGCUGAUGGACCUGAAGCAGCAGCGGCGAGAGAUGGGGAAGAGCAAAGCGAGCGCUGGGCAGCAGAACCUGAACACCAUCAUGUACGAAACCCUGAAAUGCAUUUCCAAGACGCCCUGCAAGUUCCAGAGCCCACAAGUGGUGAGCGACUUCCUCGCGGCCAUGAAAAUCCACAAGUUGACCAAGGCAGAAAAGCUGCAACUCCUCAACCACCGGCCGGUCACUGCUGUCGAGAUCCAGCUGAUGGUGGAGGAGAGCGAGGAGCGGCUGACAGAGGAGCAGAUCGAGGCCCUUCUGCAAACGGUGACCAGCAUCCUUCCUGGAGACCCAUCCAAAGAGGAGCCUCCUGCUGUCCAAAUGGAGGAAGACACAGAUCAUGCCUGAGCGGGACAGUGUUGGGUUUGUGGAAUCCGUCAUUGGGUUGCUAGGACAAUUGGGGGCAAUUUCCCACUGUUUUAAAAAGUAUUAUUGUGUAAUUGUUGUCAAUUGUAUUGUGUACAAGUGACAAACAAAAACAGAUGCUGUAUUGUUGAAGGCUUUGAUAAAACAGAUAUUACCAUGCUAUAAUGGUGUCAGUUUAACUGUGACAUCCCCUGGUGUGUGGUCACAGAGCAUAUGGACAAACAAGAAAGGUGUCAUCUGUCAGAAAUAUUAAAAAUUAACUACUGUAUUUUCCGGCAUACAAGGCGACUGGGGGUAUAAGACGACCCCCCAACUUUUCAACACAAAAUACUGAGUUAGGGAUAUACUUGCCGUUUAAGAUGACUCCACAUGUCCCCGCAGCCCCCACUGCUCUACCCACUCUAUUUUCAAGGCCCUACCCACUCUACUUUCAAGGAGGGAGGAGAAUGAGAGCAGAGGAGGGCCAUGAAAGUAGAGCAGAGAGAGUGGUGGGGGCCGCGAGGACAGCCCAGCGGGUGAUCACCCCCAGCCGGUCUCCAUGGCAAUACAACCUGCCGCUCCUCCUCCCUGUGCCCUCCCUCCGUCCUCCCCCCUCCCCCCUAAGGUAGUUGUAUUUUUUUUUCUUUGAAUUAUUAUUAUUUUAAUUUCAUACCCAGCGUACUAGACGACCCCUGACUUUUCAUAAGAUUUUCCAGGCCCAAAAUGUCAUCUAGUACGCCGGAAAAUACAGUAGGUAUUUUUAAUUACAAAAAUGUGAGUCAAGCACUGAAAGGGUUAAAGCGAUGCUAUGACUUAGCGAAGUUGAAGUUCAAUAUAAGCAGGCUUGCCUGUUGCUUAGUAAUGCUUCAGUCUGUGAGAGCUCUCAGUGUGAAAGAAGCCUCUCUGUGUGAGAGAGCUCUCAGUGGGAGAGAAGCCUCUCAGUGGGAGAAAAGGCCUCAGUGGUAGUAGACCUCACUCUGGGAUAAUAGGCCUUAUUGUUAUUACGCCACACAGUCCUAAUAAGGGAUAGGCAGUGGAUGAGGUCAUGCAAAUUCCACACCAAUGAAGAGAGAGAAAGAAACAGUGAGAUGUCUGUGGUGGAGGAAACACAUUACAUCUCGGAUCUUACUUGGCUGGUGGGCAGUAUACAAAAUGCCCAUUUGUCCUCAGUCUUACAAUGUACAUAAGAGAAAUAACACUAUGUAACGCGAUUCUUGUUUCUGAGUUAUAAAUGUCCUCAUUUCCUAACUGGUUCUGCACUUUCUCUCGUCCCUUAGUGAAGGUCAACCCCACUGUUUCGCCCCUUAUUUCUCCCCUCAGACACACACUACUCCAUUUACUUAUCUCACCCAGGGCUUUAUCAAUCUUAUCCUGUGCAAUUGUCCCACCCACUGUGUUUUUAUUCCUCUACCAUUUUAUUUUUUGCAUUUGUUUAUUGUACAUUCUGCUAUUUUUGUAUUUUACUUUGAUGUUUAUUAUUUGUUUGUUGUAUUUUACUUUGCUGUAUUGGAAUUCUGGGCUUGGCCUCAUGUUAGCCGUCCCAAAUCCCCUUUGGGGAGAUGGUGGCAGGGUAUAAAUAAAGACUAUUAUUAUUAUUA